AGUUGUAGUUGCGCAUUGUUACCUACGGGGGAAAAGCGACAGUUGCAUUGCAGCUUCGGUAGCACGUGGCAUCACAUCAGCAAGAGAAAUCAAAUCCACAAGUGUGGCAGUCAUAAUAAAAAUAACUUUGAAUAGUACCAUUAGAGGACAAAAAGUUCUCAGCUUUCAUUCUCUAUUUUUUGUUGUUGUCGUUGUUGUUUAACGCAAUGGCCUCCUCUUCAGCAAACGUCGCAACCGUGAUGGUGUUGUCGGUUGCUCUCCUUUUCCUCUGCCUCCACGCGGCUGCAGACUCAUCCCGCAGGCCUGACACGGUGUUGUCGGAUGCUCUUUUUCUGUACAAGGCAACCGGCUCGGCUACCGCGCCUUUGCAAGAGGGCGAAGUGAACCAGCAUGUGGGACGUACUGCUGCUAUUUUCUUCUCCGUCUUCGGUGGUGUCUGGCUCAUCUUGAGUCUCUUCUUAGCGUACUUCUUCAUCUACAUCUGUCCAGAGCGUCACACGAAGUAA